GCCAUGAAGGGCAAGGAGCGCUCGCCGGCCAAAGCUAAACGUUCGCGGGGUGGCGGCGGCGAGGACUCGGCGUCCUCCUCUUCAUCGGUGCGGGGCGAGCGGAGCAGCAAGAAACCGAGCGGCUCCGGCGGCUCCAACGGCAGCGGCGGGAAAGCAGCGGCAGCGGCGGCCUCUAACGAGAGCAACAGCGGGAGCAGCCGGCGCGGCCCCCACCCGGACAAAGCUAGCCGCGCCGGGAGCCGAGAGUACGAGGCCGGGGCGGCGACGGCGAGCAGCGGCGGGGGCAGCCGACACGGUUACGGCAGCGGUAAAGCAGCGGAGGCGUCGCGGAGUAGCAGCAGCCGCAGCGGUGGGGGUGAGUCCCGGGCACCGGCAGCGGCUCCUUCCUCCUCUUCCUCCGAGUCGGGUGGCGGCGGCGGGGAGUACAAGACGCUGAAGAUCAGCGAGCUGGGCUCCGCGCUGAGCGACGAGGCGGUGGAGGACGGGCUCUUCCACGAGUUCAAGCGCUUCGGCGACGUGAGCGUCAAAAUCAGCCGCCUCCCGCCUGGCACCGGCGCCGCCGACGAACGCGUGGCCUUUGUCAACUUCCGCCGGCCCGAGGAUGCCCGUGCCGCCAAACACGCCCGCGGCCGCCUCGUCCUCUACGACCGCCCGUUAAAGAUCGAGGCCGUUUACGUUGGGAGCGCUGGAGGCGGCAGCCGGCGCCGCAGCAGCCGUUCCCCGGCGUUGCUGGACAAGGAGUCUCCUUACGGCACGGCAGCUGUAGGGGUGGCCGCCGCGGCGGCGGCGGCCGCGGUUCGGCACCCCGCAGCUGGGGCGACGCAACGGGCUCUGUCACCCGCCGGCAGCGGCGGGGCCCUGGGUUACCGUGACUACCGGCUGCAGCAGCUCGCCCUGGGCCGCUUGCCGCCUCCGCCCCCUCUGCCUCGGGAGUUGGAGAGGGAGAGGGACUACGGGGGGUUCUAUGACGCGCGAGUGCGGCCGGCCUACGGGCUGGAGCGGGUGGCCGGGGUGGCUGCUGCCGGGGGGUUCCGCGGAGGAGGAGGCGGCGGCGCUGGAGCGGCCGGCGAGGAGGAGAUCAGCCCCGAGGACGAUCAGAGAGCCAACCGCACCUUGUUCCUGGGCAACCUGGACAUCACCGUCAGCGAGUCGGACCUGCGGCGAGCCUUCGACCGCUUCGGGGUCAUCACCGAGGUGGACAUCAAAAGGCCGGGGCGGGGGCAGACCAGCACCUAUGGUUUUCUUAAGUUUGAAAACCUGGACAUGGCCCACAGGGCCAAGCUGGCCAUGUCGGGGAAGGUGCUGCUGAGGAACCCCAUCAAGAUCGGGUAUGGGAAAGCUACUCCCACUACCAGGCUGUGGGUGGGUGGCCUUGGGCCUUGGGUGCCGCUGGCCGCCCUGGCCAGGGAGUUUGAUCGCUUCGGCACCAUCCGCACCAUCGAUUACCGCAAAGGGGAUUCCUGGGCUUACAUCCAGUACGAGAGCCUGGACGCAGCACAGGCGGCCUGCACCCACAUGCGAGGCUUCCCCCUGGGGGGGCCGGACCGCCGCCUCCGCGUGGACUUUGCCGACACCGAGCACCGGUACCAGCAGCCCUACCUGCAGCCCCUGCCCUUGCCGCCCGCCGCUCAUUACGAGCUGGUGGCGGAGGCGGCUGCUUUCGGGGCUCACCGGGGAGCCCCUCCUGAUCCUUUGCGGGGGGCCCGGGACAGGACGCCUCCCUUGCUCUAUAGAGACCGAGACAGAGAUCUUUAUCCCGAGGCAGAGUGGGUGCCUCCCCCACCUCCUGUACGGGAUAGGAGUAACCGGGCAGCUGCCUAUGACCCACUGGAAAGCCUUGAACGCCGCCGGGAUGGUUGGUCCUUGGAGAGGGACCGAGGGGAGAGGGAAUUGGGCAGUAGUAGUAGGGAUCAGCCUAGGAAACGGAGGCUGGUGGAGGAUGGCAGCCGGCACCUGGACCGUUCUCCGGACAGCGAGCGCUCCUCUUCCUCCCGCAAGCGCCACUGUUUGACCACCACCUCGCCCCCUGACCGCAGCCCUGAGCUCCUGGUGGGGAGGGAGCGUUACAGUAGCGACCUGGAGCGCUCCUCUUCCCGUUUGCUCCUCUUGGAGCGACCUUCUCCCGUCCGGGAAUCCCGGAGGGGCAGCUUGGAGCGGGGGCAGAACGAGAAACGCGACCGCAAGAAUUCGGCUGAGCGGGAGCGGAAGCAUCGCGGCGGUGGUGCCACCGCCGCUGCCCAGGAGUGCAAGAGCCCAGCCAAAAAGGACGAGCGUGCCGCAGAGGGAGGCGGAGGAGCCUCCCGCCUCAAACCCCCUCCUCCCAAACAGCAGCAGGACGGAGCGUCCCAAGCCGGCGGAGCCCCCAAGCUCUGCUUGGCUUGGCAGGGGAUGCUCCUGCUGAAGAACAGCAACUUCCCCUCCAACAUGCACCUGCUGCAGGGGGACCUCGGCGUGGCCAGCAGCCUGCUGGUGGAGGGAGCGACUGGUGGCAAAGUGGCUCAGCUCAAGAUCACCCAACGGCUCCGUCUGGACCAGCCCAAACUGGACGAGGUCAACCGGCGCAUCAAAGUGGCAGGGCCCAACGGCUACGCCAUCCUCCUGGCCGUGCCCGGAGCCUCAGACAACCGCUCCCCGGCCGGAGCUGCCGAGCCCUCCGCCACCACCACCUCUACCACCACCACCACCUCCACGCAGAGGCCCCUCAGGAAUCUGGUGUCCUACCUAAAGCAAAAGCAGGCUGCUGGGGUGAUCAGCCUGCCCGUGGGGGGGAACAAAGACAAGGAGAACAGCGGGGUCCUGCACGCCUUCCCCCCCUGCGAUUUCUCCCAGCAGUUCCUUGACUCCACGGCCAAGGCCUUGGCCAAAUCAGAGGAUGACUAUCUGGUCAUGAUCAUUGUCCGAGGGGCGUCUUAA